AUAUAAAGCAGAGUAUUCUGGAUCUAAAGAAAAUAUUAGACUCCGAUGACGUAUCUCUAAUCUCUGCUUACAAAUCAAGGAAUGAUGAAUUUAGAUGUUUGCCUCCUAAAGUCAAUGUUUCCUUACCACGUUUCUCUCCUAAUCAAAUAGAUACGGAACAACUCCAUCAAACUUUUGGUUCUCUGUCAGCAAUAUCCAUUACAAAAGAAGCACAUAGCAACACAUUAGAGACCCCAGAAGCUGCAUCCUGUCCCCAAGCCAAAUCACUACUUGAUGCAGCCGAGGUUAUCACCAGCAUACAAACAAAGUUUACAAUCUUACAGAAUGUUUCCUGUCUCAGUGACAAUGAAAUCUGGACACAUGAGUUCGGGGGAUGGAAACUUCAUAAUAUUUGUGGAACAACCACGGGCGACCUCCUGGUCACCAUGGACAGUGAUUUUCGUGAACAUGCAAGGGUUGUCCGUUACUCUGGUUCUACGGAGAAACAAAUUAUUCAGUUUGACAGUAACGGUAAAUCUUUGUACUCACAUGGUUAUACGAAAGAUAUAGUUGAGAACAGGAACCUUGAUAUCUGUGUGGCUGACUAUGAAGCAAAGGCAGUAGUGGUCGUCAACCAAGCUGGAAUCUUCCGAUUUUGA